AUGCAGGUUUCAAACACUUAACUCGAGCAGGUCAAGUCACUCCUAAAGGAUCACUUAGAAUCGCAUAAAUUCUUUGACAAUCUCAAAUCAGCAAUUGCUAAAGAUCCAAAGCACUCAAACCUUGAUAGAAACGCCAUAAUUGAGAAACUUAGAAGUGAAGGAGUCCUAAAUGAUAUAUUACAGUAAAUUCCAGUCAAGAAAUAAGCAAGUCAGGCUGAGCAAUCAGCGAAAGUGCAGGCUUAUGAAGUGAAAAAGAAGGAAAAAACUGGAAUUACAGUAAAGCUGUUCAACAAUGAAAACUUAGAUCCAGGUCGCAGAUACCUUAGUGUCAAGGUUGUUCAUUUGAAGGCAUUUAUAGAUUUUAUGAAUGUUAGGGAUGAUGAGUAUGUCUUUGUCACUAUUCAAUUUCUCCGAUAGAGGUUCCAAACUUAGAUUCAAUUAGCUGGAGUUGAUGUUGAAUUUGAUGACGAAACUUACAUCUUUGAUUUUGUGGGAGCAGAUAAUGACUAGGUGAAGUUUGACCCGACACUGCUCUUGAAGUUAAACCAAAUGGUUCAUAUAACAAUACUAAGACAGAGGAAAAAUGAAAAGGCAGUAGUUAUGGGGACUAAAAACAUAGAUUGGAGACCAUUAUUGCAUUCAAAUGCAAUUGAAAUUAAUGCUGAAAUUUUGCCUGUUGAUUUAACUCACCAGGGAUCACUUGGAGUCAUUUAGUUGCACAUGGAUAUAAUUCCCCAGUUAUCUAAAGUGGAAAUCUUAAAUGAAGACUCAGUGAUGAAGUAAUUAUAAUUAGAGAAGAAGUUUGAAACUGAAAGCUUACAGAAAUUCUUAGACUAUGCAAAUGAAUGGUGGAAUGAGUAUAAAAUGAUAAGGCAUUAACACAAGACAAGACUAGUCAAAAUUUUCGCAGAGACUGAUGACAGAGAGGCAUCAGUGUAUAAGCCAGUAUGCUCAUUAGUGUAGCCUAUGAUUGCUGAUAGAGUAGGCAAUCUUGACACACCUUUACAUGCAGCUAGACUUGUCAGUCUAAUCCCCUUCUAAAGGCUUGAAGCACCAGGUAAAGAUAAGGUAGAAGUAUGGCACUCAAUUUAAAGCUUUUUGUCAAGAGGAUGUGGGGAUUCUGAGGAUCAUGCUGUCUUACUCUGCAAUUUAUUACUUGGUUUUGGUCUGGAAGCUUAUAUUUGUAUUGGUACUAAUAGUGAGGGUAGCCAUGCUUGGGUCCUUACUAAAUCCUUGGUAGAGGCUUCUGGUAAGAAAAAGGUCUAAUUUUGGGAAUCAUUAACUGGGUAGAAAUUAGAGUUUGAAGAUCCAAGAGUACAUAGAUUCUAUAGAACAAUUGGCUGUGUAUUUAAUCAUAAAUACUUCUUUGCAAAUGUUCAAGCAGACGAUAGAGUUAUAAAUACAAACUGGAACUUUGAAGAUGAGUUUAUGUGGAAAGGAAUGUAACCUUAAAUGAUUAACAUGCUUUCUCCUUCAUAAGGAAUUGGAUAUCUGAUGCCAAGUAGUAUGAAUAAUAUAGCAAAUGAGGAGAGAUCUAUUGAAAAUAUAUUAAAGGAAAAGAUUGGAAGUGUCAGAAUGAAUGAUGAACACAUUUCAACUAGUUGGGAUAAUCAUCUAUCAUAUUUAUUGUCAACAGCCCUUCUUAACUACGAGAUGGAAAGAAUCGGUGGAGUAACAUUUGCCAAUGAAGAAUUCUAAGCUUCUAUAAAGAAUCAUGUCCCAGAAGGUCAUGUAUUCAAAGCUCUGCCGGUUUAAUUCACUCACUUUGAUACAGAGAGAAUGAUUCAUCACAUCUAUAACAAUAAAGUAGGCAAGGAAGUCAUGCUUGCCAGAGGAGAUUAAAUGAAACAUGCAGUUAGAGUUAAAAUAGUUCCUUAUCCUGAAAACGUUUGCGCAGUCUGGGUUAUGGUAGCUUGCAGAUACAGAUCGAUACACUGA